GGGUAAAUUUAGAGGGAAUUGAUGGCCUAAUUUGAUUUGGAUUACUCAAUUUAAGAGAUUGAAAAACUACCCGGUGAAAAAAACUAUCGCACAACCGACCGUAGAGUUACAAUUUGCUUCGUGCAAUCGGCCCCGAUAAUUAUAAUAGCGACUAUGAGGAAGAUGCAACCGACAAAGAAAGAAUUUUGAGAGAAACACCCGAACGUACCUCAAAAACUAUGUUUUAGCGUGUUUCGUUUCACAUGUGAAUUAGUGAAUUGUUUUUUAGGUGUAGAUUUAGGCAUUGCAGGAUCGACGCGACCUUUACAGAGCAGAUAUAAACCCCCGGAGAGUUUACACUAUGACUGACUAAAUUUUCGCCAUUUAUCAACAUGCAAAAUUCUAUAGAAACUUUGGCCACCGGCUUCCUCCUAGUCCUGCUAGUAAAUGGGCAACAAUACAUUAACCUGCUAUUUGACCUGUUUCACAUACUGUUACAUUACUACAAUAUCAGAUUUAAACCGUUGUUUCCAAUCUUAUAUCAUAUAAAUAAACAAGAUCUUGCUGUUAAACGACUUUGCUAUAAUUAUAUUACUUUUGCAUCCUCCUCUGUUUGAUUAAAAAACCCCGGCAUGUCCCUUGGUAAACAACAGGUAUUUCAUUUGUUUAUAAUGCUGUAUUAUUUACAAUCCUCGGCACAAUCAUCUGACACAGAUGAUAACUUCACAAAAUCUACGACGAUGAGACGUGAUAUGAGUGGCGAUACUUUUAUAUAUGCACGUAGCGUUGAAAUGUUGAACCAAAAAUUGACAUCCGUGGAUCCACUGUCAGUUUGGUUGGUCAAAGACCACUAUCCCACGUUAGCAGCUUUACAAAUGGAUCUCGAGAAGAUGUGGCCAUGCAUUGAAAACUUGGAAAAUCCCCGAUUCCAGCUGGUAUUGUUAAAAGCUUUGAGAGGCGAAUCCAUCAACGUUGUCGUGUAUGGCGGUUCCAAUUGUGUUCAAGGCAUGUUCCCGGUCAUCUUCCAGGAUUGGUGGAACACGGUAAUCACGCCAAUAUCCGGAUCGUCGUUGAACGUAAAGACUAUUGGCAUUGGUGGUACCGGAAGCGGGUACUAUCAGUACUGUCAUGGCGUAUAUCUACGACAGAAUGAAACCAUUGAUCUGGUGAUUCUUGAAACGGCCGUUAAUGAUGCUGUCGACACCGCAUUUGACUCGUCGAAUCUCAAUCGUAAUUUGCCGCUCGAGCAGUUGACUAGACAGUUUCUAAACCGCCCAAAUCACCCGGCCGUGUUUUAUGUAAACCUAUUUCUGGUUAGUGAACGUGGCGAGUGCCUAAACCUUGUAGAUUUCGGUCAACGUUUGAUUUCCAACACCUACGGUAUAACAACAUUCAACUUACGAUGUUUGGUUUGCCAACUUCGUGACGGUAAAUUUUACGCGUACGAAAAGACACGUAAAGUUCAACAUGGUUGGCAUAGUAACCUGUUAGGGCAUGCGCAGAUUGCCUUUAUGAUUAUUAACACGAUUUCACAAAGUAUCGUUAAGAUGACUCAAAAUGCUACAGAAAAGGGGUUAAGUGAUCUUUCAUUGUUCAACACAGUUCGUCCGAAAAUUUCUGCGCUACCCUUCCCAAUGUAUAUCAGAGAAAAUAGUUCGAUUACCUCACCGCAGUGUUGGUCAAACUUAAGAUACGACUACAAAAAUGCAAACACCGGCAAUUCUUUGCGGCUAACUCUUUUAAAGAGCAUUGGUUUCAAAUAUGCCAACACAAUUAGAAUAGGGAAGAUAUCGUAUUCCGCGAAAUCAGUGGAACGCACAGACUCAUUUGGUGGUUUCCUUGGAAAGAAAGUAAAUUCAGAACUGACCGUGGCGUUUACAUUUACGCCACAUAGAUCAGAGGCUUCAGUCACAACAGGUUCAGUUGGUAUAGCAUCUCGUUAUGGUAACGUUGGAGGAGUAGUCGAAGUUUGGUUGGACGAUGGCUAUAACAAGCGUGUGAGAGUUCGUCUCCGAGGUUAUUAUGCACAAACUGCUGUUGCUAUGGUUGAUGUCGGCGUGCAACCAGGUAGACACACGUUGACAAUGCGCAUUGUAAAAAAAGGAAGUUGUGUUUUAACUGCAGUUUUUGCUUGGCCUUCAGAUUGGUCGUGAUUAAUUAUAUGAAGCAAACUGAGUUAGGAUCACAAAGCGUACAGUACACAGAUACCAAAGAAACUGGUCCAGAGUAUAAAAAUUUAUUGAAACCUUUGUCUUGGUUUCCACCGACAAGAUCCUUCGAAUAAACUACUUUAUAAAAACACAGAAUAAACCUAAAACACUGCCGCUUUGGACGCUUUUUUUAAACUAACAUUACCAAAUGACAAUGCUUUUUGUUAAAUGGAUCUCACGUCGUCUAUUUCGUCGUCUAUAAAACACUUGUGAAGCCAUUUAGAAUAGCAACAUGCAUUGUCGAUUUAACCUGUUAUAAUUAGACAAUAUAAUUUUCAGCUAUAUAUAUGGUAUAUAGUGUGACGAUUUUCUCACGGUUGGCAUAAGUGACAUAAUUCACGAAAUUUGGUUGGGUAUAUUAAUUAUUCUCAUGAAUAAUUCCACAAAGGAAUUUCUCCUUGGCUUGCUUGUACGAUUUUUAUUAUGCGCACUCGCCAACCAUGAAGUAACCUAUAUUUAUACGGUCGUUUGCAUAUACUUGGAAGAAUAUUUGUGUUGAAAAUUUCGCUUGGCUUUUUUACCCAUGCAAUAAACAUUGAAAUUCUUCAUUCUGCUAUAUUAUGUUCCGUUAAUAUUUUCAAAAGCAGAAUGAGUGAAUGAGCUGCCAAAAUUAAAUCCAUCCAACGAUUCGUCUCAACUUAAUCGAAUCGUUCAAAUGCUAAACCAAGGACUGA